AUGGGCAAGGACACUCGAACAAGCAAGUAUGGACCGGCGGUACAGCUAUUGAUAAUUGCAGGUGCUAUGGUGACGCCAUUUUUAGCUUUCAACUUGAUGGAUUUGGAGCUUUUUAGCGUCUUCAAAACCAUGUUUACCACCUUAUUCUCUUCAAUGAAGCCAUGGUUAUGUCCACCUUACGUCUAUCUACUCAUCAACUUCAUUAUAUUCUUCAUCGCCGCAUCGUCUUCUAUCCGUUCUUACAACCCCAUCGUUUUCAACCCGCCGACAACUGAAACUGAUGAUCACCGGUACCAAUCCUUGAUCACAGAUGAGUCCUUCAUCCAAACUUCCCUCGUUUGCCAAAGUAUUGCAGUAUCGUUGGAUGAUGAUGACGGAAACUUUGAUACGUUAAAAGAUCCAGUACAUGUACAUGCUGAUGAAGGAAGAUCAAAAGAGGGAGAGAUGGCAUCGGAAAGUACUGUGUUUGACAAGAGGGAAUUAAGAAAGUCGAAGACGUUCCAUGAGGGUGUGUCGAGGCCGAGAGGUCGGAGGGAGAGGUAUGUUAGGAUCCUGAGUCAAGAAGAAUUGGAUCGACAAGUAGAAGCCUUCAUCUACAGGUGUCAACAAGACACCAACACUUCAAAUAACCUCAACGUUUAG